UCAGCAACAUUAAGUUGCUUUUUCGUACAGUGUAACAAAAACUGUUAUACAAUGUUUUUACUAUAAAACAUGUCUAAAUGAAUUUACGGUGUUCACUGACACCAAUACCAAUUCAGACCUAGCUUAAAAGCAUCUAGAAAAUAUAGAGCUGGUCUCAGUUUACUAUCAACUUACAAAGUGACUACAACUUUAUUACAACCGAAACCCGAUUCGUUUUUCCACCCCGUCGACCAUUCCACUUGGGUAGCUAUAUGUUAAAACUGGCGACGAGAAAAAAGUUGUGCUAGGUAACGCGCGUGUGAUCCGUGAUACAGGAAGUGGUUAAGUUAGCAGCGGUGACACAAUCGACGGCGACAAGGUUCCGGAGUGGAAAGAUUGCGGGUAACCAAAUACAACGUGCAGGUAAAGUUCCGGACACGGCGAACAAAUAAAAUGGCAUUUACUGCUUUUUAAGCUAAUCGAAAAGGUUCGAGUCGUCUGAAUUGCUGUUCGGAGCCGGAAAAUCGACUCUAGUAUUCACGUAAGUAGAGUGAAAAAGUGAAGUGCAUGAAAAAUAUACGAAUAAAAGCGAUCUUUUAUAUUGGGAAGCCAUUUUGUUUGGCGGCGUCGUUUUUCUAGGGUGGUGCACGUAUUGUGCACCAGGUGUUUGCUUUCCGAAAACUUUUUUGUGCUUUUGGGUUUAGGGUUCUGGUCACAUUUAGGCCCUAUAUCACAGUGUAAAGAGUAAUAUAUAUAUAUACAUAUUUUUUACAAAAUUAUUAAGAGUGAUUUUUUCAUAUAAUCCAUUUAGGACCAGGAAAAUUUUCCAGCUUGUUGGCUGACGACGGUUCCGGUUUGUGUAUCGACCAUUGGUAUCUGGACGAGCUUUGCAGAGUUUUGCUUGGUGUGUGCUGUAUCCAUCGACGAGUGCUGCUAUUAUAUAGGGACGCGAGGGUAAAGAUAACAUCAGUCGUGAUGGCUCAGAUGAAUAUGGCGGCUAUGAUAGAGCCAUACCGCAAAGGAGCAUCCUUUUCCGAUUGGGUGGAACGUCUUGGUUACUUUUUCGCUAUGAGCAAUGUGGCGGAGGAUGCAAAGAAAUCCCAUUUCAUAACCCUUAGCGGGCCAUCGGUGUUCUCGGAACUUAAAUUGCUUUUUCCAAAUGCUAGUCUAACCGAUAUUUCAUACGAAAUUAUGAUUGAAAAACUUAAAGCAAGGUUUGACAAAGUUGAAUCUGAUAUUAUACAGAGAUUUAAAUUUAAUAAUCGGAAGCAACAUCCUGAUGAGUCUGCGGAGGAUUUUGUCCUUGCGAUAAAACUUCAGGCAGAAUUUUGCAAUUUUAAAAAUUUCAAGCAUGAAGCGAUUCGGGAACGUAUUGUUGCUGGUCUGCGGGAUGAAGCCCUUCAGCAGCGUUUGUUGAAUGAACAAAAUUUAACCCUUGAAUCGGCAGAAAAAUUAAUUGCUACUUGGGAGAUGGCAGGGGCCAACGCUAGAUCUUUGGGAAUCGGUGUCAAUGCUGGUCAGAUUGCUUCUUUGAAUAAUGACUUUAAGAGGCCGCGCCCUUCCACUCUUGAAAAACUUGCUAAAACGUUGGCAAAUGCUAAGGCGGGUGAUCGACCUUCUCGACCUGCAGGAACCAGACAAUCGGUAAAAACCCGAUUGGGAUUUCAACCAUAUUACUACAAUGGAGAACAGGAGGACAAGCGUAAAAAUUUUGCAGGUUUUCGCCCGGCUGAAUGGAGGGCUGGACAGGAUCGCCAUCGUAGCGAGAGUCGUGUCUGCGACUUCUGCGGAAUAAGAGGACAUUUGAAGAGAAAAUGUUUCAAAUUGAAAAAUCUACGCAGGGAUACGGUUCAAUUCGUAGAUUCUAAAGCAGGACCAAGCAGUUUAAGUGAGCUGUUCAACCGUUUGGAAACGAAUGCUUCGGACGAUGAUGACGAUAACGACAGGAAUGAUUCAGAUUCUUGUUGGAAGCGUCGUGGUCGUAGCCCAUCGAACGCAACUGCGUGUAGUCAAGGAGGGUGUUGAGAUAGCACGACCGAAUGUUGUUAUUUCCGCAUCAACGCAGCAUCCUAUAAUGGCUCCAGUGCAGGAAGACAGCGAACCGGAGUUCAGGGGAUUCCCUGAGAUCGAAACGAGAAGAGGAACAAAAAGGAAAACCGAAGCGGUGAACUCACCACUUCGACAACUCAGGCGUUCUAAGAGAAUGAGGACUAAAAAGGUGGAUAAUGUUUUCGUCUACGGAAAAAAAUUAAGUUGAAUUUAACAGUAAUGAAUUAUAGAAAAGCUAAGUUAAAUGCUAAAAUAUAGUUAAGUUCAAAACAAAAAUAGGAUAAGAAACAAAAUUAUACUAUGAGUUAUAAGAAAGUUGAUUAAUAUCAAUUUCGGAUUCUAUAUAGCUGAAUGUUUUCAGUUUUCGAAUUUUAAUUGAAUUGCAUUUUCGUUAGGGGGAAGAGCUGUUACAUCAGCAACAUUAAGUUGCUUUUUCGUACAGUGUAACAAAAACUGUUAUACAAUGUUUUUACUAUAAAACAUGUCUAAAUGAAUUUACGGUGUUCACUGACACCAAUACCAAUUCAGACCUAGCUUAAAAGCAUCUAGAAAAUAUAGAGCUGGUCUCAGUUUACUAUCAACUUACAAAGUGACUACAACUUUAUUACAACCGAAACCCGAUUCGUUUUCCACCCCGUCGACCAUUCCACUUG